AUGGCCAUCCGUCUGGAUAACCUACUUCUGGAGCAUCGGUACUCUCAUCGCUUCUCUUCCUCCCUCAGCAAACACUCAGGAUCAGAGCCUGAACCCAUGGGGGACCUGCGGAAUGUAUUCUCCAAGAUCCGCGCCACCUGUCUUCCUCCUCAUCGCCCCUGGGACUGUGCCAUCAACCUGCUUGCAGGUGCAGCACCUCCGCGCAAACGCAUCUGCCCUCUGUCGGUGGCUGAGACCCAGACCAUCCAUCGAACAGGGCUGCGGGGCUGGUUCUUUACCAAACUGGACCUGCGGAGUGCUUACAAUCUCAUCUGCAUCCGGGAGGGGGAUGAGUGGAAGAUUGCGUUUAGCAUGAUGUCUGGUCACUACGAGUACUUGGUGGUGCCAUUUGGCUUAGCCAAUGCUCCGUCAGUGUUCCAGGCAUUCGUUAAUGAGGUGUUCAGGGACAUGCUAGGAUGCCAGGUGGUCGUGUAUACCGAUGACAUCUUGAUCUUCUCGGCUGCCCCGGAGAAUCACAUCACUCACGUUCGAGCAGUCCUGGAACGCCUCCCGGCUAACCAUCUGUUCGUCAAGGCUGAGAAGUGCCAAUUUCAUCAGAGGGCUGUCUCCUUAGGCUACCAAAUCAGUCCGCAGGGAGUGAGGAUGGAUGACAAGAAGGUAGAUGCAGUCAGGUCAUGGCCAGUCCCAACCACCAUAAAGGGGUUGCAACGGUUUUUGGGGUUUGCCAACUUCUACCGCCGUUUCAUCAGGAACUUCAGCUCUGUCGCCGCUCCUCUCACCUCUCUCCUUAAGGGAGGCCCCCGUAGGUUUGACUUCACGCUGAGCUACCACCCAGGUUCCAAGAACACCAAGGCUGAUGCCCUGUCCCGCAUCUACGAUUCCAGAGAGGGUCCUGUCCAGAAUGUGCCUAUAAUCCCAUCCUCCCGAGUCGUAGCUUCUUUGGUCUGGGACAUAGAUGUGGACAUCCGCCAGGCUCUGGAGAGGGAGCCCGCACCCACUAACUGUCCUUCCGAGCGCAUUUACGUUCCUACAGGGAUAAGGGACCGGCUGCUGACCUGGGAACACCCAGCUGUCGCCACUGGACAUCCAGACGUGUCCCCGGUGCUGGCGGGCUUCCUGGGCGCCGGGGUCCUGGUGGUCUCAGUCACGGUGGCCGUCUUCCUCUGGACCUGCUGCCAGCGUCGCUACCGCCAGAUGACGGGCAGCUACAAGCUCCAAUCAGGACCCUGCGACCAGGCCGUGGAUCCGCCCUACAAGUUCAUCCACAUGCUCAAGGGAAUCAGCAUCUACCCGGAGACACUUAGUAACAAGAAGAUAGUCCGUGUGAGUCGACGCCCGGGCUCCUCGCGAAAUGGCGGCGGAUCCGGUGUUGAGUGGGGUCGUAAUGGUGAGCGAGGAAGAGGGGGAGGAGGAAGGGUGAUGCUAGUAGACGUCGACCCAGAAACGGGCCUGCUCAACAGCUCCACCAACCUGCAGAUGAGCCACCUACUGCCCCCUGCUGGACAGCCUAGGUUAGAGCAGGCACUGCCCAUCCGCUCCGACUACUGCUGCCUGGAGAGCAGCUCCAGGGGUAACAGCAGUAGCAGUAGCUGUGACGCCAGCAAGAUAGCCUCGCCCUUUACCCCGUGCCAGGGGGAGGGAAACACCAUGCCGCCCGCUGCCCUAGGUACCCUCAGCCUGGUCGUGGACUACAACUUCCCCAAGAAGGCGCUGGUGGUGACCAUUGUUGGCGCCCAGGGUCUGCCCGCCGUGGAUGAGCAGGCGGGUAGCUCGGACCCCUACGUGAAGAUGACCAUACUGCCAGAAAAGAAGCAUCGGGUCAAGACCCGCGUUCUGAGGAAGACCCUGGAGCCAGUGUUUGACGAGACGUUUACGUUCUACGGCGUGGCCUACAGCGCACUGCCUGACCUCACGCUGCACUUCCUGGUGCUUAGCUUUGACCGCUUUGCCCGUGAUGAUGUCAUCGGGGAGGCGGCGGUACCCCUGGCAGGGGUGGACCCCAGCACGGGACGAGUCCACAUCACCCAACAGAUCAGCAAGAGACACAUCCAGUGUGUGAGCCGUGGGGAGCUGCUGGUGUCUCUGUCCUACCAGCCUGUCACUCACAGGCUCAAUGUGGUGGUGCUGAAGGCCAAACACCUGCCCAAGAUGGACAUCACUGGCCUAUCAGGCAACCCCUAUGUGAAGGUGAACGUGUUCUACGGCUGCAAGCGCAUUGCCAAGAAGAAGACGCACGUGAAGAAGUGCACCCUCAACCCCGUUUUCAACGAGUCAUUCAUCUACGACGUGCCCGCCGAGCUGCUGGCCGACAUCUCCGUGGAGUUCCUGGUGGUCGACUUCGACCGUACCACCAAGAACGAGGUGGUGGGCCGCCUGGUGCUGGGCGGCCAGAGCCUCAUGCGCACUGGGGUCACCCACUGGAGAGAGGUCUGCGACAACCCCCGCCGGCAGAUUGCCAAGUGGCACAACCUGGGCGAGUAUUAG